ACAAGUACAGGCCAAAGAAGGAAGGAGAAGCUGGCGAUGUCACGUUUGAAGGCCACAUCUUCUUCGACGACGCCUUCACAGAUGUUGCCGGUAGCCGGGGGGCCCACGUCAACCAGUACGCUGAGAUGCUUGUGAACAUUAUCGCAGAAGUUUACAGCAUCUUCUUGAACAUCAAUAACGACCUCUUCACAAAGAAGCAGCAGAUCCCGGAUCAGACGAUCGUGACCACGCCGUACGGAGGACGUCUGGUGGUCACCAUGCCACAUGGGAACACCUUAACAGUUCACUACAAGAACAAGAAGCUCAUCCGCCACAAGAAGAGAUGGUCCCAGGUCAUGUACUUGUACUAUCUCCUGGGAUGGAAAGUUUCAACCAAGUAUUUCAAAAGGUGGGGGAAAGGGGAGGAGGAUGUUGAGGUGAAAAAUGAGUUUGAGAGGGAGAAGAAGAACACCUACAUCCUGGCUCUGGAUGGGGACACAGACUUCACGCCGGCCGCCGUGAUGCUGCUCAUCGAUCGCCUGAAACUGUACCCGCAGGUCGGGGCGGCCUGCGGCCGGAUUCACCCCACCGGCUCAGGGCCCGUCGUUUGGUACCAGAAGUUUGAAUACGCCGUCGGACACUGGCUUCACAAGACGGCCGAGCACGUGUUCGGCUGCGUGUUCUGCAGCCCCGGCUGCUUCAGCCUGUUCAGAGCCGAGGCGCUGAUGGACGACAACGUGAUGAAGAAAUACACCGCCGUGUCCUCUCAGGCGCAACACUACAUCCAGUACGACCAAGGAGAGGACCGCUGGCUGUGCACUCUGCUGCUGAAGCAGGGUUGGAGGGUGGAGUACAACGCGGCCUCGGACGCCCACACCAACGCCCCGGAAGACUUCAAAGAGUUUUACAACCAGCGCCGCCGCUGGGGGCCCGCCAUAAUGGCCAACAUGGGUGGGAACUGCUGGGGCUGUGCCACUGUGAUCUCCAAGAAGAACACGUCCAUUUCAAAGGUCUACAUGCUGUACCAGCUCAUCAGCCUGGUGGCGUCCAUUCUGGCACCUUCCACCGUCAUCCUUAUGAUCGCAGGUAGUUUGACUGUGCUGCUCGAUGUUCACCAGAACGUUUCUCUGGUCCUGGCUGUGAUACCUCCAGCUAUCUUCCUCGGCGCCAGCUUCAGAAUCAAGGCAGACACUCAGAUCCUCGUCGCUGCGAUCCUGAGCAUCCUGUACGCGUUCCUCAUGAUGGUAUCGGCAAUCACCAUAAUAGGGACCAUGGUGAAGGACCAAACCAUCCUGACUCCCAGCAGUCUCUUCCUCAUCUUCCUCGCCCUCUUCUACGUCAUCACUGCAUUGCUCCACCCUCAGGAGAUUGGCCUGGUGUUCUACGGCUUUAUUUACAUCAUCUGCAUCCCCAGCGCCUACCUGCUGCUCUCCAUCUACUCCAUGGUCAACAUGAACAACGUGUCCUGGGGCACCAGGGAGACGGCGCCUGCCGCCAGAGACCAGGCCGCCUCGCAAACCAAAGCCGAGAAAGUCCGGAGCACCAUCGCGCGGUUCUUCUCGCGGUCCAAGUGCUGCAGGAGACUGUGUCUGACGGACGCAGCAGACGAGCGAAUCCUCAGCCGGGACGUCCCGAGCGAGGAGCCCGAGCCUCGACCCCAGAACACCAUCGUGGAGGAGGCGGGGCGGCCUGAGGAGCAGCCGAGGCGAAGCACCACUGUAGCCCCCCCUCACCAAAACUGGGUCGCACAGCUGCAGAGUUUAUCCAAUGACAUGAAUCUUAGCGAGGACAAACUGGACGAGGAGGAGGGGCAGUUCUUCAGAGAGCUCACCAGCAAAUACCUGCAGCCCGUUCCCGAGGACAAAGGGAAACAGGAAAUAAUGAUUAAUAAACUCAGGGAGUUGAGAAACAAGAUGACCUUCGUUUACUUCAUAAUCAACGCCUUCUGGCUCGUGGUGACCUUCACUCUCCAGUUAUUAGACUCGAGCGUCUUCAUCAGGGUGCCAAAAAUCAACUUUGACCUUGAGUAUACGGGAGAGUACAUCUUCAUCGACCCCGUGGGCUUCAUGUUCAUCCUGUCCUUCGCCCUACUGGUGGUGAUCCAGUUCUUCGGCAUGUUGUACCACAGAAUGAGCACCCUGAUCCAUUAUGUGGCCUUCCUGAGUACAGAGCCCAUGUCUACCAAGCAAAACCAUCAUCAGCCAAUUAGAAAGAUCGUUGACGGAGAAAGCGAGGACUUCGAUGACCUCAGCUUUCAAGGUGACUUUCGCCGGCGCUUCAACACUGGAACUUUGGUGUGA